CCGAUAUUGAGCAAAAUGGCUUCCUUGUUACGAAAUACGGUUUACGGCCGUCUGACAGUCGCUCUUGGGUCAAGCUUUCAAAAUGGCCUGUUGCCCGCUGCAGUUCUGGGCUUGCCGAUGUGGCCCCCUGCUCGGCGGUCCAGAAAGAGCUUUCUGUUAUACGCAGUAUACACCCCAGACCAAGGCGCCUCUUUUGGAGCGAAGAGAGAUCCACCGACCAAGCAACAGCUUCGUCGCGAGCGCUCAGCCGGAGUACGUACAGUGACCACCAACUAUGGCCUGGGGAUUUGCUAUUUAGGAUUCGAAGGUUACACGAUGUCCAAAAAUGGGAGCCUCACUUCCUUCUGGUUGCCGGCCAAUCAAAAUGUGGUGUCAAUGUUCAAUUUCUUCCGACGUCAUUAGCGACUGGGUUUCUUCCAUGUCGCCUCAUACCGAAAGCCCUCGAUGUUCGGCAGUACCGUCAGAAGGGGCACACGCCAUUCGCGAUUGGCGACACGAAACAGCGCUGUCGAUGCCCGGCCUCGCCAGGACACCUUGCCCCGCCACGACACCUCGUCUUGCGCUUUCCUCCGAGGGACAUGCGAAUCGAAUACGACCCCACAUCACCAUCAGCGACCAGCAUUUGCAGCCUUCCGCCGGGGCUCAUCAGACUGCGCACGUCGUGUUUUACGACGAGAAACGUCAACCAGGGCGUCAAGCAAGAACAGCAAGAGCGGAAAUCAGAUGCAGUGCUUCUGGUUACAACUUGAACGGAUGCGCCAUGAGCGCCGUGGACGACGCGACAGAGUGGGAAGACUCCACCGAAGCUAGCGAGACUUUUGUGGAACGUCUUCGGUUUGUCCGCCGCGUGGAUUUGGGUGGUACGGCAGCCGGUCGUUCUCUGAUCAGGAUCAUGUUGGAGCAGUCUAGGGUUGGCAUCAGAGACAAAGGGGCAGACGCAUGCGCGGCAUAGAGAGGAGGGGCCUCAACGCAGUUGUGUGAUGUAGAUUUAAGUGGACGUGGCUUUGAUUAUUUCAUUGGCAAUCACGCCAUCAGCCUGGACGAUAGGUCCUUGAGAUGUGAC